AUGUCCAGCAACAACGGAGGCUCGUCCAGCACCAACUGGGACGACGUGCUCAAGCACGGCUCGGCUCUCAGCAUCCUCAAGCCUGAUGUCAUUCCUCCUCCGACCAGCGGCAGUUCAAGUUCGAGCUCCCGUGGCAAUUCCGGGUCUACAUCUGGCGGCAAUUCAUCCUCGUCCCGCGGUGGUUACUCUGGGAGUCGAAGAUAA